CGGCCCGGCGGCGGACUGGGCCCCCGGGCCUGCCGCGCGGGCGCUGAGCUGGCGGGGCGGGCCGGGGCCCGGACGGUGGCUCCUCCUCCUCUGGCUGCAGGGUUAAAAACUAAUACUUAUAUAAGACAGAAGAGAAAGAUGUCAUUCCGUAAAGUAAACAUCAUCGUCCUGGUCCUGGUUGUUGUUCUCUUCCUACUGGUUUUGCACCAUAACUUUCUCGGCCUGAGCAGUUUGCUAAGGAAUGAGGUUUCAGAUUCAGGAAUUGUGGGGUUUCAGCCCAUAGACUUUGUCCCAAAUGUUCCCCGACAAGCUGUAGACGGGAGACAAGAGGAGAUUCCUGUGGUCAUCACUGCAUCUGAAGAUAGGCUCGGGGGGGCCAUUGCAGCCAUAAACAGCAUUCAGCACAACACUCGCUCCAAUGUGAUGUUUUACAUUGUUACGCUCAAUGGUACAGCAGACCAUCUCCGGUCCUGGCUCAGCAGCAGUACCUUGAAAAGCAUCAGGUACAAAAUUGUGGAUUUUGACACUAAACUUUUGGAAGGGAAAGUCAAGGAGGAUCCUGACCAGGGGGAAUCCAUAAAACCAUUAACCUUUGCAAGGUUCUACUUGCCAAUUCUGGUUCCCAGUGCAAAGAAGGCCAUAUAUAUGGAUGAUGACGUAAUUGUGCAAGGGGAUAUUCUUACCCUUUACAAUACACCACUGAAGCCAGGGCAUGCAGCUGCAUUUUCAGAAGAUUGUGACUCAGCCUCUACCAAAGUUGUCAUCCGUGGAGCAGGGAACCAGUAUAAUUACAUUGGCUAUCUUGACUAUAAAAAAGAAAGAAUUCGUAAACUUUCCAUGAAAGCCAGCACCUGCUCAUUUAAUCCUGGAGUUUUUGUUGCAAACUUGACAGAAUGGAAAAGACAGAAUAUAACCAACCAGCUGGAAAAAUGGAUGAAACUCAAUGUAGAAGAGGGCCUGUACAGCAGAACACUGGCUGGCAGCACCACAACACCACCUCUGUUGAUUGUAUUUUAUCAGCAGCACUCUACAAUUGAUCCCAUGUGGAAUGUCCGCCACCUCGGCAGUGCCCACGUCUCUUCUGCCGGGACCAUGGCUAAGCUCUCUUCCUGUGGGACAAAGAAACAGUGCAAGAUUAGUAACCCUUGUCUGCUCAAUCUAACUAACUGCACAUCUGGAAAGACUCUGAAGGUACUUGUAACGAGACACACAAAAUUAAGACUAAUGAUUGCAAACCUUAAAUACUAAAUCUUAGGUUUUUUUCUUCUUUUUUUUUUGUAGUCUAUCAUGAACUGUUUAAUUUCUACUUUCAUCCCUUUCCCAUUUGUUAAACAUUAUUAAUGCUAAAAAAUGCACUCAAGCUUAAGCAACUUGUGUGCAACAUACUUACAUCAGCUUCUUCAUCAACACUUUCCUGGUCACUGUCAAGGUCGUUGUGGUCCUCCCCCUCCUCCUGCUGUUUCUCUUUCUGUCUUGGCAGUUCUUCAGGAAUGUCCUUUUCUUCUAUUAUUCCAUUUGUUAGACCUGAAGACUGGAAAAGGAUGCUCCUGGCUGAACGAGGGCCCCUGAUGCCUAGGGAAGGAACAUAGCCCAUGUAAACAGACACCUUUAACUGCCCUGUCAGCCAACGAAGAGAGCAAACACAAGCCUUGCUUACUGUGUAUGCUGUGUGCAUUGUUCUUUUCCAAUUCUUCCAGAUUAAAGCCCUGUUUCAUGUC